CCGUCGCAGCCGCUCUUGCACGUCCCCCGCCCGCCGAUCGGCAACCUGCUGCUUUCGUCCUGCCCGGGCAAAAAACGGCAGGGGCAGGGACAAGGACAAGGACAGCGUCCGGCCGUGCGCCGCUCGGUCCGAGCCGACCUCGCGCGUAUCCGCGCCCUCGGCGUCGGCUGUGUCGUGUGUCUGCUCGACGACGCCGAGCUCGCGUUCCUCGGCGCGCCGUGGGAGGAGUACGCGCAGGCGGCGAGGGAGGUCGGCGUGGACGUCGUGCGCGUGCCGACGCCCGAGGGGCUCGGCCCGCUCGCUUUGGGCUCGUCGGCGGGGGAGGGGGGAGAGGAGCCGACGGUAGCCGGCCUCGACGCCUGCCUCGACGCGAUCAUCGCGCGCUACACGCGCCGCAGCGUGCCCGUCCUCGUACACUGCCGCGGCGGCGUCGGCCGCGCGGGCGUGCUCGCCGCGUGCUGGGCGAUCAAGCUCGGCCUGCUCGGCUGGCUCGACCCGCCCACGCCGUGUCCCACCUCGCCGCCCCGGAACAAGCGCAAGCAUAGCGCGACGUUCGCGUUCGCGUUUCCCGAGAAGCCGGAGGACGAGAAGCCGAGGAAGAGGCGGGAAGAGGAGGAGAGCGGGGUGCGGAUCGAUACGCUCAGGCUCGUCGAGCGCGCGAUCGCGCUCGUGAGGCGGAGGAGGAGCGUGAAGGCCGUCGAGACGUACGAGCAGGUCCGGUUCUUGGUAGAGUACGUGGAAUAUUUGCGGACGAAGGCC